AUGACGACAUCUGCAACCACCACUGCCGCAGCCUCGGCACAGAUCUUUCGUUCGCUGUCAUCGGAGAGCCAGAAAAAUGAUUGGUCCAAACGUUUGUCGUUGCGCGGCAUGCGACGCGGUGGCAGUGCUGGCAGCAGCAACAUCAGCAAAGAGGAACCGAAGCUCAAGCACAAAUUCUUUAAUCGCUCGUCCUCGUUGAAGCAUGCUAGCGCUACAAAGGCCACAAUGGAACUCCAAACACCAUCACAACAAACAUCACACCAACAAUUGGGGCAACAGAACUCGGCCGCGGCGCCGAAAAAGUCAAACUGGGAGGUAAUUGAACAUUUCAACACGAGCAGCACCAAGGGCGGCAAGGCGGUGGUGAGUAGCAGUCUAAUAGCGGCCGGCAUAACACGCUGCAACAUAGACGAAUCGAUCGAUUCCACCAACUCCAGUUCAACGUGCCCCAGCCCCAUGGUGUAUCAGCGCGAUGAAGCGCAUUUACUGCAGCAAAAUUUCGAAUCGAUGGAUGGACGCAACACGGAGGUGGGCAGCAACACAAAUGGCACCGGUGGCGGCGUGGGCGGCCUCAGUCCGACGAUUUCAUUUUGGUUUCGUUUGAACCGUGUUAUCCUACGCCUUUGUACAACACAUCAAUUUAAAAAUCUACAGGUGGAAAUGCUUUAUCAGCGCUACUUUCUGCGCAUGAAUCAGAGCAACACGACGCACAUUCUGGCGUUGCUGCUGGCGUUGAUUGUGGCUUUGUCAAGCGCGCAAAUCGUCUUCACCACGCUGCAGCUGCGUCGCAGCACGACAGGAACAACGUUCGUCAGAACGAACUACACGCGCAACAAUGCGGCUAACGGCAUGAGCGGCGAUGGUGGUAGCCACACUGUUGCUGGUGGCGGUGGCGGUGGCAGCGUUGCCAUCGGCGCGAGUAAUGGCAGCGCGACAGCGGCAACCUCAAUUUUAACAUUAACGGAAAUGGGCAAUCACCAGGCGCAACUCUUAAGCCGACAGUCGGUCCCAACUGACGCUACGAUGAGCGGGUCCUCAGCGCAGCCGCUGUUCGGGCAUGUAAUCGUUGGUGAUGUUACUGAUGGCUUAGGCACGACAGUGAAAAUUAGCGCACAACAAUUUGUGGCAAGUGCGGCAUUCAAGCAAACUCCAACAUUGCCACCAACAUUAUCAUCGGUUACAUUACCGCCGUUACGCCCAGCCACCACCAUUGCACCGCCUAUAACCACGAAAUCAUCAACUUACCUGCCGUAUGCGGCACAAGACUGGCGUGAUCCGCAAAUUUUCGUCGCACCUCUGCCACUCAGCGAACGCGUUGCUUAUGCAGUCGACCGACAUAGCAGCUCGGAGUGGUGGCUGCAAGCGCCAGCGGCUUUUAAGCGCCUUAAACGUAAAUACCAUCAACACAGCCAUUGGCCGAAGUUGCAUCGCUUCAAGCGUUCCAGAUUGAAAUUAUUACAUGACAACAACAAACUGCUAGCAGAGCAUAACGUAGCGGCAAGUGUGGAGCUGGAACAUCGGCGACCGACGACGAGGCGAGUGCGAAUUAUGCGACGCAAGCGAAAUCACAGCAAUGCUUUGGGAAUGCCAUGGCAUGUGCGGGGCUUUGCGCGGGAACAGGACCCAUCAUUGCCCGAAUAUACUAGUUAUACGAGACUGAUAAAGCGACACGAGCACGCGAGCCGAUUAGCUGCGCCCAUCAAAUACGAGCAAAAAUUGGCAGCAAUACCAGGUAUAAGUGAAGCGACAGCGGAAGUCACAACGAAUGACGGUGAGGAUUCACUUGACGCUGAAAAAAAUAAUGAAAAGAUUUAUACAAACAACCAUAACAACAACAAUUACAAACAACAUAUGGCACGUAAUGUUGAUGAAGUGGAGUAUAGCGUGCGCAGCAAUGGAAAUGUGACAACGACGAUGACAACCGGGCACUACGACGCCAUAAAUGAACACACGCUGGACAAUGCAACCAACACAAUUGCGGCGGCAACAACAAGAGCUGAUGUGUCCAUAUUGGCGAAUACGGGCGGUGGCAAACGUAUAGCAAAUCUGCUAGCUGCGAAAGCUUCAUUAGAGCAACGGCAGCAAGUCGAGCCGUCGACAAUGCCCAGUGAUGUGGAACAAAUCACAGCUGCGCCUGGAAAUGUCGCAUACCCCGACUUGCGUCUGCUGCUCGAAACGCUGUCAGCAAUUGAUGAACGUGUACUGGUCUUUCUUGUGGUGAUGACAAUUUGUGUGCUGGUCUAUGCAUCACUAUUGUGCAUACUCUCGAAACCGGCAAUGAAUGAGAUCUUCCUGGUGCUGGUGUCUUAUGUAAUUGUGGGCACAUUUGUUGCCAUCGAAAUUGCCGUCGGCUACGCGACGUUGCCAAGCAAGUCGUACAAUGGCAGUUCCUGUUGUGUUGUCUUCAUCUACAUGACGUACACAAUGUUGCCGCUGCGUCUUCGUGAGGCUCUCAUCGGCGGUAUCGUGUUGUCGUGCAUGCACAUCUACACUAGUCUGCGCUACACAGAAGCGACGAUUCAUUGGCAGGAGUUGUUCUGCAGCCUCUUGGCAUUACUCCUCUCCAAUCUGACUGGCAUUUACACACAUUGGCCGAAGGAGAAGGCGCAACGGAAGGCGUUCAUCGAGACGCGACAGUGCAUUGAGGCGCGGUUGCGUACGCAGCGCGAAAAUCAGCAACAGGAACGUCUGCUGCUGUCGGUGUUGCCGCGUCACGUUGCCAUGGAAAUGAAGGACGACAUUGCAGGGCAGCCACGUGAUACGCAGUUUCACAAAAUCUAUAUACAACGACACGAGAAUGUCAGCAUCCUCUUUGCGGAUAUCUGCGGUUUCACCAGUCUCUCUGAUCAAUGCACCGCGGAGGAGUUGGUACGAUUGCUCAAUGAAUUAUUUGCCAGAUUUGAUCGAUUGGCCGCUGAGCAUCAUUGUCUGCGCAUUAAACUUUUGGGCGAUUGUUAUUAUUGUGUUUCUGGACUGCCGGAGCCGCGACCGGAUCACGCUCAUUGUGCAGUGGAAAUGGGCUUGGACAUGAUUGAUGCGAUAGCGCUUGUUCGCGAAGUGAUGGCGGUCAAUGUAAAUAUGCGCGUCGGCAUCCACACCGGACGUGUGCAUUGCGGUGUACUUGGUUUGGUCAAGUGGCAAUUUGAUGUGUGGUCGAAUGAUGUGACACUGGCCAACCACAUGGAAAGCGGCGGCAUACCGGGACGCGUGCACAUCACCAAGGAGACGCUCAAGUGCUUGGAUGGCGAUUACGAAGUGGAGGAGGGCAAAGGUGCCGAGCGCAACACAUAUCUGAAGGAUCAUCAAAUCGAAACUUAUCUCAUAGUGCCAGGUGAUAUUUAUCGACCGCAUAAGAAAUCACGCAACCGACUGCAGGUGAAUGGCAAUAUUUCGAAGGAGCUGCGAAUGAUGGGACAUGCCAGCGCACAGAAGAAUACCUCCAAAUUUGGCUUCGGCGACAGUGCGGAGGGUGCCAAGGAUCCGGAGGACGAGGUGAACGAGUAUCUGAUGCGUGCGAUUGAUGCGCGUAGCAUUGACCAUUUGCGUGCGGAGCAUUGCCAGUCGGUGUUGUUGUCCUUCAAGGACGAGGCGCUGGAAAAGAAGUAUGGUUCGGAACCGGAUCGCAUGCUGGGUGUAUAUUUCUACUGUAGCUUCAUGGUGCUGGUUGCCACGACAUUUAUAAGAUUUUCUAUAUUUAAACCGAAUUUACUCACAGUCAUCACCUCAUGUGCGACAAUUGUUAUUGUGCUGCUGAUUUCGCUGCUUGUCGCCGCACAUGUGAUCAAUAUGAAACUACCGAUUGGUGUCAAGAGAUUCUCUUCACGUAUUCAUAGCGAUCGCUUGUUGGCGCAGUGUUUUGCCUUUUUAACAGUUACGCUGAUUGCCCUCACAACCAUAUUGACAAUGGCUUAUGAAAUCUUUUACAGUGUAAAUUUCGAAAUUUCACCAAUUAGUAGCCAAACUAAUGAACCCAUAUUAACAGACAAUUCUACAGCGAGAGCAGCUGAGCCAAUUGCUUUCGAUAGUGAUUUUGCGUCGUUUGAGAGCGCAGCUAGUUCCGUAGUGGACGAUUUUAGAUGUGAUUACUUUUUGGCAAUAAAUACUUUCUUGCUGCUGACGCUGCUUUCGAUGAUGACUUGUGCCACUUACCAGGUGUUGCGACUUGUAUUGAAGUUGUUAUUGCUACUGCUUGUUGCUGCCUUUUACACCGGUUUCUCGCUGUAUUUGUAUAUGAGCAGGAAUGUGCACUUCAUGCUGGACAUGGAAGAGGCUCUACUGCGCUACAUAAUUGAUUUAAUUUUCCUGUUUGCAUUCAUGUUGGCGCUGAUUUUUCACAGUCAUCAGACGGAGGCCACUUAUCGUCUCGAUUUCAUUUGGAAAUUACAAGCAACAGAGGAGAAAGAGGAUAUGGAACAUCUGCAGGCGUACAAUCGCAAGCUGCUGGAGAAUAUAUUGCCUGUGCAUGUGGCGGAACAUUUUCUGAGUCGGGAUAAAAAUAUCGACGAUCUCUAUCACGAGCAGUGCGAUAGUGUGUGUAUAUUAUUUGCCUCUAUUCCGAAUUUUUCGGAGUUCUACGUAGAACUGGAAGGCAAUAAUGAGGGCGUGGAGUGUUUGCGUUUGCUCAACGAGAUUAUCGCCGAUUUCGAUGAACUGCUCAGCGAGGAGCGUUUUCGAUAUAUUGAAAAGAUCAAGAGUACGGGCGCAACCUACAUGGCUGCGUCUGGUUUAACGGCGAACACCUGUGAUCAAGUGAACUUCGCUCAUGUUACCGCUAUGGCGGAGUAUGCGCUGCAGUUAUUCGACAAAAUCGAAGAGGUCAACACGCACUCAUUCAACAACUUCCGAUUGCGAAUUGGUAUCAAUAUCGGUCCAGUUGUUGCUGGUGUUAUUGGCGCACGUAAACCACAAUACGAUAUUUGGGGUAAUGCAGUUAAUGUGGCAUCGCGCAUGGACUCCACUGGGUUACCGGAUCAUAUACAGGUGACACAAGAAAUGUAUCAGAUAUUGGUUGGACGUGGCUUUGAGCUCACCUGUCGUGGCAGCGUCAAUGUAAAAGGUAAAGGCUCCAUGAUUACAUAUUUUCUAAAAGGAAAGUCGACGCAAAUACCGGAAGUCACAACGGGUAAUUUCAAUACACCGACGUCGCUGAGCGAGACCAAAGCUGAAAGUAUCGAAGACAACAAAAAACUCAUUGAAACAACAACUAAUCUACCAAUUACCUCGCCUCAAGAAGAGAAAACUACAGCAAGUAACAUCGAGCUCGUUGAUAAAAAGCCGGAACUGCUACCCACAACGCAAGAGCCCAACGAAACGGCUGAACCACCCAGCAUACUACAAAGUCAGCACAAUAAGAACAGUAUCGACUCUGACGACGAUCUUUCACCCGACUCGGAGUUGAACUCAUACAUGCAGAGUGCGACGGCGCAGCGCCGCAAGUCACUCUGCCGUCAACACAACAUAUCAUCUUCCUUCGGCACUACAACCAGCUCGACGUCAGCACUCACGCCCACCAUGUCAAGCAGUUCCAGUGUGGUCACAAUAGCCGUAAUGCCCGCAAUCGCCAAGACUGCCUCCUCAUCUGUGGACAACUCUACGGAUGGCAAUUUGGGGAGCGGCUCCCUGAAUACCACCACGCCUGGGAACUCGUCAACUGGACGCGGCAAUAGCCAGCCUCGCACCUACGUCGACGAACUGAAAGAGGAAUAUAAAGAUGACAGCGACAAGGCGCCACUCAAGGACUCCAUUGAAAAUCUACAAAUUCUACUGAAAAACAACAUAAGUCUGUCGGAUCUCAGCAAUAAGCAGCAAUUGAAUCUCAGACCAAACGAUGCCAAAAUGCAGCAGCUGAAAAAGGAGACCAUUGUCACAUUCCGAACCGAAACACUUGCCUGCCGACAACGCAAUUCGAUUACAACGAUCGCCACGUCAACGCGGCUGCGCAGUUUUGACGAAUGCAUUACUUCUGUCUUGACAACGCCAGCAACAAAAGCAAUCGGCGCUCCCAACAAUACUCAGUGGACAAAUGGCAGCGCACAUAGAAGCGCCGAAAACUCAACGAAAGACAAGCAAUCGAUGCAUAAUGGCCCGCAACAGCGUCCACAAGACUUGCCGAGUCGUCAGCGCGUCGAUACACAUCGCAGUCCCAUCAGAAGUUCGCAGUCGAUGAGCCCCAUCGGUUUGACCGGCAGCGAAGUGUUCGUGCUGCCAAACAGCCGCAGCAUGAUCGAGUUCAGCAGCAGCGGGAGCAGCAGCACCAGCAGCGACGGCGCCAGCUCCAGCAGCGAGAGCAGCAACACGGCCGCCGACAGCACAAUUGCCUAUAUGCUGCAAGACGUGAGUACCUAAACCUCCCCGAAGUGUGCUACUGCGAUGUAGGGUGUUGAAGCGGUGGAAAUAAUAUAUCAAAUUGCAAGUUUACUGUUAUUUGCUGUAAAUUAUCCCAAGUUAGCAUUUAAAAUGUAAUUAUUGUAAAAGUAUUUGUUGAAGCUCGUGUACAGAGAAAGAGAGGUUUAAAUACUGUUAAGUAGAAGUAGAAGAG